AUGCUCUGUGUUACUCAGGAGGAGCGCUCCUUCAGUGAGGAGGAGGAGGAGAAGCUGCAGAGCGCUUUAUCUCUGGAGAAACACACUCUUCAUCUGCUGGUGGAAACCCUGUCCUUCAUCCUCGAGCAGGCCGUGUAUCACAACAUCAGAGCAGCGUCUCUCCGACAGCAGCUGGAGAACAUCAGUGUUGAGUCGGAGAAAGCUGAGGUGUUCAGUCAGGUCUGGGCUUCAGCUGCUCCAGAUGUGCUGGAGAAGAUCCGACUCGGCAUAUUUGCCCCUAAGAAGCUGGAUCUCGUGGGUUGGCAGCUCAAUCUGCAGAUGUCCUCGUCGGCUCGGAGCAGACUGAAGGAGCCGCACGCUGUCCUCAAUCUGGGGCUCCGCACGGAAGACGACGCAGAGCGUCUGCAGGACGUGUUUGUGGAGUUCAGCCAUCAGGAUCUGCUGGACUUCUACAAUCAGAUGGAGAGGAUUCAGACUCAGCUGGACUCGCUCAGCUGAUGCGGCCUCCGUCUGCCGUCCCAUGAUUCCUCUGGUGGCGUCAGCAGCUGUUUGGUGGUUCAGUCGUUGAACACUCGUCUCUGUCUGUGGUUGUUUCUGGAUUUGUAAUGCGAGGCUGAAGCGCUGAUGUGUUCAUGAACGCCAUCAAGAUCCGUCACACAUCUGAUGAUGUUUCAUUAAAGAUGCUUUUGCUCUGAA